AGUUUGCACGCCCAGUCGUCGCGUGUUUCUAAGCUGUUUUCCGGUGUUUCCUAUUGGGAAAGUACUGGGACAACGUUCUCCUGGUGCACGAUCGCUUGUCGUAGCGCGAACGGAGACGUGGAGAGCUCUCAGCUACAGAGCGGUUGAAUCGUGUGCACGGUGAUUCGACUCAAAGCAAAUGGCUGGUGAGCGGUUAUAUAGUCUGAAAGCCUUUCACACUGGUACGACGAACCUUCAUCUGCCCGGGCUGCAUUCGUUUCUGCCACGGAACGAGACCAAUGCUGUGAUGAGUCAGUAUCUACGAGAGGAUGGAUGGUUUCUACUCAGACCCAGCUUUUCCAAUCAGGGUUUAUUCUCAAUUUGUGUGACAUUUCAGGGGAACGUGAAGCAUUUUAAAAUUCUACUUGAUCAAGAAACAGGCCAAUACUUUGUUUCAUCUCGUCGCUUCCCAACGAUUGUGGAUCUCCUCAACUGUUACAAACAAGUUCCACUCAAAUCUAAAAACUGUCAGGUGUUCCUCCGAAGAGAUAUUCCUGUUGAUCGUGAACGGGAGAGAUUGCAUAUGAUUCAUCAAGGCAUUGAGCCUUCUCCUUCCAAACAGUUGCCUACUCAAAUCCAGAAGCGUCCUCUUCCUACUGUUCCUGGUCCAGUGACUACGAAGACUCUUCCUCGUGGUCGGCCACUGCCUGAUGUCCCACAACAAAAACUGCAGAAGGAUGUGGUAAUAAUGGACAAAACAAGAAGGGGAACGUGGAAUAGUGAUGAGAAAUCACAGAAGUCACAGACAAUUCCGAGGGAAAAGGAAAAAGGCCUUCCUCCUGGUUGGACAGAGCACUUUAGUCAGCAGCACAAGAGAGCAUAUUAUUAUAAUGCAAAGACUAGAGAGACAACAUGGAAGAGGCCUCAACCACCUGACGACCCUAAUUAUGUUACCAUGCUGCAGAAGUCCUUGCACCAGGAGCAGAAGCAGGCUAGCCCAGUGGAAAAUGGACCACCUGUAAUUCCUCCAAGACAGACUGCAGCAAGCGAACCUCACACUCAUUUGAAUCCACCAGUGCGUCGAAGCUCCAGAAAAUCUAUUCAGAAUACAUCAGAGGCAACAAGUCCGACUCAAAAGCCACUAUAUCAAGAAAUGAAGUCAGCGCCUGUUGCUGAUCAACCAAGAAACUUGGCACCACUAAGUGGCGGUAGGUUUUUUCCGUCUGGCCCAACAAGAACACCUGAAAAGGCUCACACUGCUCCUCCACCUCUUCCAAGUCGGAUAGACAAUUCAGGAAAUUUACAGAGAGACGUAAAUUCAGUAGAGGGGCAGAUCGUCUUAGCACCGGCUCGUAUAUCCGGAAGAGAAAUCCCACCACCAGUACCAAACAGGCAAGAGUCAGGAAGCCUACCUCUACAAUCAAAAGUAACCCGUGACCCUCCACCAUUACCUCCCAACAGGGACAUGCCACCACCAAUCCCUAGCAGAAAUGAUAUGUCACAAUACCCCAUGCCACCUCCACACAGAGAAGAAAAUGGUCUUCCGCCAAGACCGCGAAGAGGAGAGCAAGCUCCCCCACCCAAUCUGAGAUUUGAUGCAGUGCCACCAGCUAUUCCAUUUAAAGCUAGUCCACCAGCAAUACCAAAGAGAGCAGCACCGCCGCCACUGCCCAAUCAAGAAAGAACCCGUUCUGUGGCUCAGUUACCUGUUCAUCAAAAUAGUGUAAAGUGUGAGCCUUCUUCCUCUUUCCACGAGUACGUGAACGCCAGAGAGUUGCCACCAUUACCAGUGAAGGAUGACAAAAUUGCGGUGUCAUGUGAAGGAAGUCCUGCUUACCCUCCACCUUCAUCUACAUAUGCAUCCAGGUCGGUGGCUGCAGUUCCUGCAGCUCCUCCUCUUCCACCUGUUCCUCCGCUCCUACCUGUUGUGACUCCUAUUACUUCUUCAUCUCCUAUGGUACCGAGUGCUGCUGCUCCUCCACCUCCGCCUCCUCCUCUAGCAAUCCCACCACCUAUUGAUGAGGUUCCACCGUCUCCGAGACCUAUCAAGCACACAAAAAGUGUGCCACCACCAUCGCCAAAUCGUGACAACAGUAAUCUUUUGGAUGAAAUCAAAGCGUUCGGUGGUGGAGCAAUGGGUCGACUGAGAUCUGCGUCGGAGCGAGAUCCGGGUCCGAUGGAGCCACAGGUAAUUGCAAGCGAGGGAGACAUUAUAGCAGCACUUAAAAGCAAGCUGAUGAUGGUCAAUGCAGCAGCUCGUCAGGAUGAGUCUGACGAGGAGUUUGAACAAGUUGAAGAUGAUGAUGAUUGGAGCUAACUUAACAAUCACUAUAGAUAGGUGAUUUAAGUAAAUGCAGUGUGAUUUUGUAUUGAACUUAUUUUAUAGAGUUGUUGUCACAGUUAUGAUGGUUAGAGCAAUGAGCAUUCAAUCCACUUUUCUAGUUUAAUAGUGACUGUAGUAUUGGAUAACUGGUGCAUUAGUUUUAGACUACAAAGUGGACAACUGUCAUUUUGUUAAAACUGGCCUA